CCAAGUCGCAUCCGUUUCAAAAGCUUGCGAUCCACCUUGCUCGGCUCGCCACGGAGCGAGUCGGAUUUUCCGACCUCGAAAACAGUUCGAAGGGUUUUGCCUUUGCCAGCCUCAUUUGAGGGUUUAAGCCUUCAAGCUAAAGCAGAAACGAAGUAUAGCAAAGCCAUCGUCAAUGGCUUCAUCCAUGGGUUCUUUAUCAAGAAGAUUCUCUCUUUCUCUUAUCUCCGCCAAAAGAUCCCCCCCGAGCUCCAUGAAAUUCUGUACAAAUAUCACCUCCAACGAAGAUCUUGACGAUGACGAUUCCAGUAUUAGUCAGGACGGGAGCUCAGCAUCGUCAUCAACCUCAUCUUCCCCAACGAACUCAAACCAACACCAGAAACGAUUCUUUCAAAGGCCACUAGAGAACGGCUUGGAUGUUGGUGUCUACAAGGCGAUUUUGAUUGGGCAAGUUGGGCAGCAUCCAAUUCAGAAGCGAUUGAGGAGCGGUAGGCCUGUGACGCUGUUUUCGCUCGGGACUGGUGGGAUUCGAAACAACCGGAGGCCGUUUGAUAACGAAGAGCCCAGAGAGUAUGCUAAUAGGUGCGCUGUUCAAUGGCAUCGAGUUGCAGUGUACCCAGAGAGAUUGGGAGGGCUUGCCAUGAAGCAAGUCAAACCCGGGUAAAUUAAAGCCGAGGAAAGAGAAAAUGAAACGCCUCUUCAUUCUUGAUCUAAUUCCAGUUAUAAUGUAGACUAUGUUUCUUUUGUUUUAACGAAGGUCCCUAUGCCAAUGAUGCAAAUGGAUUUGCCUAACUUUGUGUUGAACAAAUUGAAUGUCAAAUUUAUGCAGUAAUACUGUCUUGUGGAUUUUAUUUUGUUUUCCGAUUAACCAUCAUUUCGUGAAAGCUGGUAAGCUCCAAGGAAGGUCAUGCUGAUCAUUUUAGGAUUCAAAAUUUGUACUGUAGCUAAGACUACGUGGGGAGGUUUCUUCUAGUUUGUGACCUCAAUUGUUUCGGUGGAACAUGGGUUUAUUGUGGAGAAUAGCCUUUCCAUAUCCAUGCUAAGCAUGCACAACUUCAUGAAGCCUUAUCACUACUACUUUGUGGUGGAAAUGUGAAUCUUCUUUGGGAUUGCCAGUCUACAUAUUUUAUUAACUUGUUGUACCCAUGUCACAAUUAAGGCUCAAUAAUGCUAUUCUAUACUUAUUUCAUGCUGACUGAAUUUUAUCUCAGUGAAACAUCUACUGGCAAUUAUAUCAAACAGAAAGGGCAUUAAUGCUUGGAAGUCAGUUGACUCAAACUCCUCCUCAUAGACUGAAGACAGCGAUGGCUACUAUCCACAGUAUAUAACCUGUUUCUGGAACUCUGCAUCUACUUGUGUUUCAACUUGGUCCCCAUCUUUUUGAUUUUUAUAUUUGCUAUGUUCCUGUGGUUUUUUUAUAAAGAUAUUUUGCCUUGCUACUCAGUUAAGUGGUUUUCUCAUUUGAACUAUGGUAAUUAGGACUAGGAUGGGGAGUCUAACCAAGUCUCAACUACAGGAACUUUUAAUCAAAGAACACCCAAGCAACCAUAAAAUAACUCAACAGCAAAAAUCAACAAGGCAGAAUUACUCAAGCACAGAUCACUAAAAGACGAAAAUAUGAAGAUUUUAGAUAACUCACAAUUGGCUGGUCAGAAUCAGCCAAUAAUUGGGUUGAGUCUUACCCAGGUGGGAAGGGAUGAUCAACCAGAAUUAGGGCUCAAACCAAUUGCCAGAAGUGCUUCAGUGGACAGAGAACCGAUUGUAAAUCUAGGGAAAAAUUAUGGGCAGAAGUAGAGUUUGAGUACCUGAUUUGUUUGAACAAUAACAAACCUUUGAAAAGAAGACUUUGAAAGAGAAAAGGAACACUUGAAGAGGAACCUCUUGGGCUUCACACCGCAAAGAG